CGGUCGUUGCCUGGCAUUUAUAAACAAUGAUCAUGGUUUUGGAUUGGAGCUGGUAAUAAAAAUUAAUCACACAAUCACUGAAGUAUUGCGUAUUUUACUUUUAUUUAUCUCGUAUAAACAUUAUCGUAAUCAUGACAACGGGUCACAUUUUGCCGGGUUUUUGCGACCCGGUGUCAAGAUUAGCAAGAGCCAAAACCGCAGGUUAUCCUGUGAAUAUGGCGAAACUCCUUGAAAAGACGUCCGUGUAUUCUAAAAUAGACCCCCUCGAGUUCAAGCGUAUAAAGGAAGAUGCAAGACGCAUGUGGUGCAGGCCGCGCAGAGAACCAACCACAUACGACUUCUUCUACAAUUCGUGUUCAACGCAGUUUGAGAAACCCCCGGAGACUGUGCCACGCCCAUCAUCUCCAACCAGGUUAAACAAACCACAUCCACCAAACGUGUUCCUAACAAACAGAUUACAUUAUAUUGACGGCUUCCAAAAUCCAGAUACUAUUGUUGGAAAAGGGUGUUACAGGGUUGAUGAUUGUGUGCCAGAUCAGGAAUAUGGGCAGCGGAGAUGUAUACGAGAAAAGUAUGAUGGUCAACCUUCUACAGAAAGUGUGAACGUGUUAAUGGAUAAAUAUGGACUGACAGAAUACUUGGAUCCUAUUGAAUCCCAGGCGGCAGAAUCGUGGCUAAACAUAGCUGAUGAUGACGAUAAACAUCAUCUUUCUUGUGCUCUGCAAAGUUUCCGGGAAAAACAGAUUUAUGAUCAACACAAGAUUGAGUUUAGACCGAGAGUUCAACCAAAGGUAGUCUGUCCACCUUCAUACAACUGGAUACGGCCAACACUACCAAAAGAAACUGAGUGUAUAUACCACAGUGAUAAGUAUGAAACCAAGCCUUAUAACACUGUCGUGUCAACACUUGGUGAGAGGAAGAAGAAACACUUCCCACUGGAGCGGGGUCUGCCUCGAAGAUACACCUCGCAGUUAUUGAGAGGUGAAUUUAUGAUGCAUCCUGAUUGGCCAGAGACGAUUCCACACCAUCGCAUACCCUAGCCACAAAGACAAAAAGACUUCACCUCCAGUAUUACCAAAGACAAAAAAAACUAAAUUUAUGUCUACACUCAAGAACACAAAAUUGUCUCUGGCCAUGACUUUACAUUUUAAUCAAGAGCUCUUCAACCAUUAUGUUUUUUCAUAUGGAGAUCCUCAAAAGAUAUUUGAUGAUGUUUGUGUGGAACUGCAAACAUUAUUUAUUUUUAAUACCAAAAUAUUUGGAGGGUGGGGGGUGCAAAAUGUUUUGAAUUUAAGGCAACAAAUCUUAAAGUAAUUUUUACAAAGGUUAUAGGUACCAACAACUGAAUUUGAAAAUGAGCUCCUGUUUAUUUUACACCUAACUUGCCUCACGUGGACACUGGUGACUUAUUGACAGUUGACCGUUUGAGCUCCUGUUUAUUUUACACCUAACUUGCCUCACAUGGACACUGGUGACUUAUUGACAGUUGACCGUUUGAGCUCCUGUUUAUUUUACACCUAACUUGCCUCACAUGGACACUGGUGACUUAUUGACAGUUGACCGUUUGAGCUCCUGUUUAUUUUACACCUAACUUGCCUCACAUGGACACUGGUGACUUAUUGACAGUUGACUGUUUGAGCUCCUGGACUGUCUAAAAUAAAGUGUCCAUACAAGAUACACAACACAGAAAUGUUUUGCUAAUAUACAUCUGUAUUAUGUGAUGAAAGAUCUACAUCAUGUGAUGCAACAUCUACAGAAUGUUAUGCAACAUGUACUUAUCUUGCCCAUUUGUGAUACCUUUUCUAGACUCACUACAGUGUAUAAAUACAAAGGGAACUUGUUUAGUGACAGUUUCUAAUCAUUUAAAGAUUGAUUAGUAACUACUUUUUAAUGAGUUAGAAGUAUAUAGCAAUCUCUGAAAUGUGUGUAGUGAAUCGCUGUGUGAUACUGAACAAAAUGUUUUCUGGAACACCUGGGAUUAUGCGUUUUUAUUUGUAUGUGUACCUACUGUGAGCCUGUAUUAAACUGCUAUGUAAUGCAGUACCAACCCUUGGCCUUUGUUACAGGUUCAUAUGUACUUGAUUUCAACAUUAAUAAGGUGACCUCUUAAGACAGGUGUUUAAUACAGCUCAGAUUGUAUGUCUAUUAAAACAUAUACUGUAGAUCCUGAAAUUAAUGCGUCCCUAAAUGUAUGCGAGUGAUGGUGGGCAGACUAAAAUGCGACAUGAAAUUGAUGUGAGUGGCCUCCCUUUAAAAUAUUAACUUUCAUAAUAACACACGUCUGUGUACUUUUCAGUUAAAUCCAAGUUACAGGCAUUGUCAAUGAGAUCAACUCACUAACAUGCCUGUGUAAACAUCAAUUAACCUGUUUAGUCCCUUUUAAUAAGAUCAAUUCACAGCAUAUUUUUGCGGCAAUAAUUUACAUAAUGUGUAUAGUUACCUACAUCUGGAGAAACAUUAAAAUACAUGUACAAUUACAACUGUAUGCCAACAAAGUUGCAGGGAACUUGAAAAGUAAAGACAAAGAAGCAGCUGACUGCAAUAUUAGCGUGCUAAAACCCAUUAACACGCAAUGGAUCGUGUCAGCUUUUGACAGGGUGGCCAAAGAUCCUGCAAUCGUCACACAUGGCUGGCAUCUAAUUGGACAGUUAGUCUUUCUCAUCAAUGAUGAAUUGUACUCCAGUUCUGUUUUAUAAAUAUAUUAGAAUUUGUUUUGUUUUUUAAUAACUUGGGACACAUAUAAAAAACGUAGAAAUAAAUGCGUAAUAUUAUUAAUGUGAAUAACACAAAUUCGCAUUUUUCACAUUAAUAUUAUGAUCGCAUUAAUUUCAGGAUCUACAGUAUUCAUUUACAGUGAAACCCUUAAAACUGGACCCUCUGUAAAAAGAAUUCCCUCAAAACCACAUGCUUUUCAUGAUCCCUUUUUAAAUAACCGUACUGUACUAAACUGGAUGCCUCCUUAAAACCUGACAUUUUACUUGGAAACAUGGGGUGUCCGGUUCAGAGAGGUUUCAUGUAUGUGAAUUUCUAAUGAACUUGGGGAGGCUUCACAUGCAUAACAAUGUUAUUUGAAAUGUAAUCUAAACUCUUAAAGAAAUACUGUUUGCUGUAGUCCAACCAGUUCAUAAACAGGUUUAUAAAAUCUACAAAAUCCAGACUUUAGUCAAGACUGAACUGCUCUAAGCAAUAUCCAUGGCAUUAAAGUUUCCACAUGUGAGAUUUGACAGGUGGAUGGAUAUUCGUCCGUGCACCCAUAUUCAAUUAGUGUUCCUCACAGGUUGAGGUUUGGUUGGAGGGUCACUGUCUUGUGUACUUGAGAUUCAGUGGUGACCACACUCUUUAUGAUUUGGUUAGAGACUAAAUAAAAUUAUUAAUUACAGUAACAUAACAGGUUUUAUCAACAGAUUUAUAAUAUGUUGGUUUUAUGGUUGAACUUCUAGAGGCACAAGAUAAAAAUCAGUAUUAUUCAUAUUCAUGGUUUUGCUUGAGAGUAGAGGUGCUAGGGAUGGAAUGAAAACCAAGAUAUUUGUGAUGUCAUUUCAUGGUCCAAAUAUUUCAGAAAUUCCAUCAUAGUACCAGUAGAUUCAUGUUUAGUUUUGUUAUGUUUUUUGUUUUUCUAAGAAAAAACCACACCCGAAAAACCACCAAUAAGCAUUUAACAUAGGCCUUCAUCAAAAUGUAUUGGUUUGCUGUGACCACCAAGCUUGCAGUGAGGCUUUUUGCUUUUAGAUUAUGUUCAUUGUGAUUAUGUUAGAAAUGGAAAACAAAUAUAAUAGCUAAUUAUGAUUUUUAAGAUUUAUUUUAUGUGGGAAGGUUUCUUGUCCCAAACCUACAAAACUGUUGGGAGCCUGCACGGGUUUAUAUUAUAGUAAUACUUGUAUAUGUAUUGGAAUAUUAAAUUAUUAUUUAUAAAUUAUCAUGUGAUGUUGUAAUAAGGUAUGUAAUUUUACUAAAAUCGUUAAAUAUUAUUAAUUUAAUGUGAUGUUUACAAUAAUGUAUGUAAUUUUAUUGGAAUACAUGUAUUAAAAUAUUAAAAUGUUAUGUGAUGUUAAAUGAAAUGUUAUUUGGUAAUGAGUUGUAAUUUUAACAAUUAUCAAUUGAAAUCAUGCUCUCAAAAAUAAUUUAUUAAUCUUUUUUUUAAAUGUCUCAAUUUUAUUUUAUUUAUUUUGCAGAUGCAAUGAUUUUGAGAAUAGGGUCACUUUAUUGCCCAAUUAUAUUUAAAACAUUUGUAUAUGUUAUAUUUGUAUUUAAAAAUAGUUUUAAUUUAUAAAUUUUACUUAUAUAUAUUGCAUUUUAGCAUGUAAAUAUGACUUUAAAUCUUUGGAUAUACAGAAACUAAUUUCUUAAAAUUUUUGUUGUAUGGCUACUGUGUUACUAUGGCCUAUGUAUGGCCUAUGUUAUAGUAUGUUAUAUUAAAGAAUUUUCUAGCU